UUUAAAUGUUACUUAUAUAUUUUACUUAAUACAUUCAUAACUAACAAAUAAUUAGAUUCAAUGAAUUAUGACUACUUUAAAAUCAUAUUUGACAAAUAAAGAACAAAUUGAAUAUGAUAGAAUAAUUUUACAAUCUGAUAAAACAUAUAAACCAGAAUAUGAAUAUAAUAAUAUAUAUUCUCGUAAUAAUAGUAAUAAUAAUACAAUCAUUAAAAUAAUAAAUAAACAACAAGACAAUACACAUCAAUUGAUCAAUCUUCCUGUAUCAUCUUCAACAUCAAUGGAAUUGAAUACAAUAGAAAAUAUCGAUUAUAUUAAUCAACAGAAAUAUAAUAAAUAUAAACAAUUAAAUAAUUUACAAAAAUUAUUUAUUUUUUGUAUACCAUUUCAUUACUUUAUUGAUUUAUAUCUCAACAUUUAUAAUAAAUUUUGUAUUUUAUUAAAAUAUAAAAAAUGGAAUUAUUAUUAUAAUUAUUUAUUAAUUAAAUUCAAUAACAAUAAUAAUUUAUUAAAAAUCUUUUAUCAUUGUUUAUAUCAAUUAAUAAUGACUAUAAUAAUAAUUAUUAUCAUUGAUUAUUUAUUGAUUCAUAUAUCAGAUUAUAAUUUAUAUAUAUCAGUAUUAUUCAGUAUUUAUAUGAUCAUAUUUUUAAUAUUGAAUUUUUCAUUCAAUGUUCAAUGUAUUACAUUAUUGAUAUUAUCUUAUUCAAUUACAUAUUAUAUAAGAUGGUUAUUAUUAAUGUUUGCUACUUAUAUUAUUAUUUUCGAAUUCAUUUUAAAUAUUUUAAAUCAUUUUGAAAUAUUAAAAUGUUUAUUUCAUUGUGUUACUUAUUUCAAUGUAAUUAAUUUAAACAAAUUAAAUCAUUUAUUAUUGAAUAUAGUAAAGAUUUCAAUUGAACAUUUAAUAAAUGAAUAUAAUUCUAUGUUAUAUAAUAUACGUCAAAUAUUAUUGAAUAUUCAUUUAUUUACAUUAAAAUUAAUUCAAAUCAUAAAUAAUAAUAAUAUAUGGAUUGAAUCUAUACAUAAUUCAUGUAAAAAUACUGAUGAGGUUUAUAAUUUAUGUCGAAAUUUUUUAAAUAAAGCAUAUUUGUUAUGUAUGAAUGAAUUGAAUACCAUGAAUAAUUCAUGUGAUUACAUAAUAUUUUAUAAAAAUAAUCUAUGUAAUUCAAUACAACUAUCUACUAAUGAAUGUGAUAAUUAUAAUCAUUUAAAUAUUACAUUGAAAAAGGAUUUAAAUGAUAAAAUAGAAAAGAUAUUCAAUACUAUUGGACAAGAUAAUAUAACAACAAUAAUGAUGAAUUCUAAUGAAUUUCAACAAAUGAUUUAUAAAAUGUAUAAUGAAAUUACUGAUUUCAAACAAAUUAGUAGUUUUAUGAAUGAUAUUGAAGUCAUGAAAUUAUCUAUUUCAUGGUUUUUAUUUUUAUGGUCAUUGGUUACUAUGACACAAUUAUUAAUAAAAGCAAUUGUAUUUAGAAAUUUAUGGUUGAGUAAAAUAACAUUUGAGAAUAGUUAUAUAACUUCAGAAUAUAUUCAGCAGGAGAAACAAGCAAUUCAACAAGGAAUUCCUUCAACGUUUCCACUUACACAUAAUGAAUCGAAACAUUAUAAAUUAUUAACUAGUUUCAGUUGGAGUCACAAUGAAAAGAAUAAAAUGAAAUGUUCAAACACAUUGUUUAAUGUAUGGAUAGUUUUAAUUAUUAUAAUCAUAUUACUUAUUCAUAUUAUACACAAUUCUUUACUUUCUUUAACCUCUUUAAUUUCAAAUGAUUUAAUUCAGUCUAGAACAAGAUAUUCUCAAAAAAGGGAUGAUAAUUUAAAUCUCACUUCUGCAAUAUUCAAUAAAAUUCCAUCUCAAUCAAUUAUUGUUAGUGGUACAUUUUAUGCAAAUAUUGUAAGAAAUAUACUCGAUUUACUAAUUCACUCAAAAGAUACAUUAAUUAAUAAUGAUGUUACAGUCUGUCACCCAAUAUUAAGUUCACAGGAUUUCAAUAAUCAUAUAAUCGUUAUAACAUUAUUAGUUCUAGCAAUUAUAAGCCAAUUAAUUGAAGUAUAUAUUAUGAGAUUGCGUCAUAUAAUAAUGAUUUGGUAUUAUCCAGAAAGAUCAAAUCAGCGGGCUUCAUGGUUACGCGCUCAUAUACGAAAUAAUCGUAAACUUUUUAAUGACUUCAAAUAUACAUCGGGAGACACUACUGAUAAACAUGGUCGUUGUUUUACAAAUAAACCAAAAACGAAGCAUGUUUUAGCAGGACUUAGUAUCAAACGUAUUACAUGUUUUUGGUGCAGUAAAGGAUGUUAUUCAUCAAAAAAACAAAAGCCGAUAGAGAAUGCUUCUCAAUAUUCUGAAAAUGUACAUGCAUGUAGUAUAUGUCAGCUGGAUCUUGGAAAUAUCUGCAUAAAAUGUCGUAUAUUAUUAUCUUUGAAAUAUUCACAAAUUGGCUUAGAAGAACAUUUAAACAAUGAAGAGUAUAUAACUAUGAAUUCAGUGUAUUCACUAAGAGAUGAUCAGUAUUGA